AUGCCGAUCUUCACGGGCGGAAAGAGCACGGCAAUUAAUUCGCCCCGCCAUCUAACUCUCCGCCACGCGCGUCGCGCCAUACGGUUGAAGAAACUCUCACUCGGUAUACUUGCUGCGGACGAAGAACUCACCGAGCCUAACCUCAAACCUACAGAGGAAAGGCUGAACUCCUUUUGGUCACCCGGGCUCACGGCGGGCCAUUCUCAUCAUGUAGGAGUGAAACAAGUCAUUCACCCAGCGCCCGGGGACGGGCCCUCUCCUGGGCCCACGGAAGACCCAGACAACCACAUCAAGCUCACUGCAAAGCAAGACUUCUCUGUCGAUGCUCCGCAAUUUACCCUGCCUGAAGGAUCGAUACAUUCAAUGUACCCGCCGCCGGGAUACAGCGAUGAUCAUAGGAUUCUUCCGCAUGUGGUUUUGACAGACCCGCAUUUGCCGUGGGAGCGACGGGGGAGCCCAAAAACCGGCGAAGAUAAGUUCGACCGGAACAGAGUGCCGUGGUUGGCGCUAUUUUCGUUUACGCAAGAUGGACUGAGCCUUGCGCCGGACGUUCUCCAUGGCGAGAAUAGCAUAUUUCCACAAAGAGCUGAGCACCUUGCACAACCACUUCAACAUAUGUCAACUUUGGCGGUCAAUAUGACUAUCGAAGAUCUCAGCCGGUCUGCAGACAUUGCGUCGCCUGUCAAACAUAUGGAGACGGAGAGAAUCAAAGACUCACGCGGCGAUUUCAUCUUUAUUAAGCAGGACCUGUUCACAAGCUUAUUUUCGACGUUCGAUAAAUCCAACAACAGACAGGUGCCAGGCUCUCCCGACACGUCCCAGUACAAGUUUUUAUCCCAUGUGAGGGAAAUCAACACGACUGGCAUGGCAAUUGCUGGUGUCGAGCAUACCGGCAUAUUCUCUGUUGUUAUUGGGAAUCGGUCUGGACCUCUGGAUAACCCCGGCCCCACUUCGAUCGCCGUCCAUCUAGUCUCCAUCGAGGGAGUGGAAGCUAUGCGAUUCCCUAUCAGGAAAUCGCAUGUGGCUCUGUGUUCACUGCAUAGCUGGAACUACACUGUCAUGCCACCAAGGAUGCUGAACGUUGGUGACACCUUUCAAUCGCUCGGGCAAACUCUGACGGUUCUUCGUCCGCCCGAUGCAGUCAUUGCUCCUCUUAAGUCUGCCGGACAAGAAGCCUGUACCCGACUGGCCAGUAGACUAGAAGACGGCUAUUCUCUAGUCAAAUAUCGUACUCAAACUGGUGAACAAACAGUGGCAAUGCUUCGAGGACCGUUUACGCCAACAGUAGUUCCAGAUCUAUUGAUGAACGACUGUUCAAACUCUGGUCUCGACCUUCAAAUCCUAGAUAAACAAGUCGGGAUCAUGGAUAUAACCUACUCGUCCGCGUGGCAACUGGGUAGGACGCUGGCUCUUGGAGACCGGGCGUUUACUGCCGCUGUUGGACGUCUUCGAGCAGCGAUUCAUAAACGCGCCAUGAAGAGCUGCAAGCGUAUCGUCGUUUGCGAAAAAUCCAAGAACAACUUUCGCACCAGUGAUGGCGUUCUCCGCGGUUUACCUACAUUGGUAAGAAAUCUCGAUCGCAUUUAUGUCACUCAACACCAAGGUAGUGGCGCUCAACAUAUGCCAUUCAAGCCCGGAGGCUCACUUAAGCGCUGGCACCGGCGCCGGUUACACAGAAGUGAGAUCCCAGGACUCCCAUUCAGUGCACCAAAGAUCGAGGAGCAUUACCUUGAACAGGCCAUCGAUGCUUCUCGCGAGCUGGCAAUGAGCACAGACGGGUGUACGUACGAUGAGUUCAACAAUCCAGUGUCGACGGAUUGGAUGAUAGUACUGGCAUGGGUAAUGGACCGAAUGUCCCUCGCAGGAGUGCCAGCGCACUAUCUCAUCACCAAUCCAAGUCAUCUCACCGAAGAAAGUCUACGUUUCUUCCACAUUGACCCCAAUUGGGUAGAUGCCAUGGUUGACGGGGCUCUGAGUCUGGCAAAUCACAUGGGGAAUGAUAAAGACCGCGUCGCAAUCAAGACCGCGCUCAAUGACUUCAUCCAGAAUAAAUCCGAAUAUCUGUGUCACCCUCCGCAAAUCCCAACAUACGGCUUCUUCCUGCGCUCUGACUUGGUCACGAUGUUCCCGGAUCUACGGGUGACAACCAUGCCAGCUCAGCCGGACCCCCCGCCUCGUGCGCCGCUUCUUCGACACGAAAUUCUUACCGAUGGAGUCAUGUUGGGCUUGCUCGAUCGUAUACCAGGAUCAGAGGAGUUCAAGGGGCUUGUCUUCACCCAACCGCCACAUCAGCAGCGAUUUGCCGUCGCUCAGGGUCUGGAAACUGACAGUAUCAAGGUCCAUAUACGCCGUCAGUAUACCGUUGAUCAGAGCAUCCAGAAGAAAGAUCCAUUCUGGCGUGAGCCGCUCAAUAUCCAAAACCUUCCCAGCAAGCCCAUUGAUACAGACAAUUUGUUUAUAUGGGGUUCCACGCCCAGUUUAACUGAUCUGCAUAUUAUGCGGUUACCCCACUUCGCAGACGUACAGCAACAGGCACUUGUGGACAACAUGGGUUCUGUAGUAGAUGGAAGUACGGAGAUCAAGUUCUUCGAUGAUGAUACAGCAACCUCGGCCCUGUUUGCUCUGCAGCUAAAUGACCCGAUCUACACACUGACUGUUGACUUCAAGUCAUUUGGGGCUUUGACAGCUCUCGCCAGCCUUGAUGACGAGCGCCAGGGACCUCGAAAGGAGCCGGAUCAUGACGGAUCACCCACAAGUGCCAGUUUUGAACGACUCCAUUCCUACAAGCCCGCCCCACACGCCCUAGCCUUCCUUGCGCCUCAUGUCCGUGCCAUUCCUUCAAUGCCAACUCCAACACUAAGCACCAUUCUGUCUCUAGUAACGUCUAGACCAAGCUCUAGCCCAGUCUAUAAUUGCAAAAUCUACACCCCUCAAUUCACAUCUGUGUAUAUCGGCGACCACCUUCCUCAAGACCUUGUCUUUUCCGUCAUCGUGGAGAACAAUAAACACAGCUCCUACAGGCUCGAAGAGUUUGACAUUGAGAUUGGUCUUGGGGGCCUCGAUUCCCCUACGAACAAGCUGAUGAAAGGCUAUGAUGGGCCAGGGCCUUCUAUGAUCAGCAAUCUACGAUUCAACGUACUACCGUCAUUUUCGACGGCUAAUAACAUGAGCUCUCUAAGAUUGCGCUUACUCCCGAGAAGCUCCAAGGAAAAUGUUCUCAUCAGUUCUGUGGACGAGAUCUCGUUCAUAUUGUGUUCAGCGAAGGUAAAUGAGUUCGACCGGCGGGAGACAUAUGUGACCGUAAAGACAUCGGCAGAUUACGAGAAUUCCCACACUAUCGAGGGUAUCCCUUUCGAAGUCCCCGUUAUUAAUACGAAUUUCAAUCCUGAAAGCACCAGGGUAUGA